CAAUUCAAUGCAGCAAGACAAAAAGGGGUUAUAAUUUAGAUGACCCAGUCAUGCAUUACCUCAUUACAAUAUCAGGGACGGCAGCACGAAUUCAAAAUCUAAAAAGUAGCUCGCUCUCUCUGUCUCCCAACCACGUUUACCGUCUCUCUCUCUACCACUGCUCAAACUACUCCAAAUUUGUUUGACUUUCCGCCGAACUUGUUCCUGCCGGUAAAAAUGGGGAAGAGGCGGGUGAUGGUGGCCGCCGAGGACGUCGACUUGUCCGCCGUCAAAUACGAGCAAGAAGAAAUCAAGGCUCCACAUUUGACUGGCUUGAUUUUCAAGCUGUUUGUGAGGAUUGUUGAGGCCCCCAUCUUAGGUUCUUUCAUAGUCUCAGCUAUAAAGAAGCAGAACAAGAUGACUCAGUUGUUGAGGAAUACUCUGAUACCAGAGGGACCCAUGUUCAAACCUGAAUUUCCCCCUCAAGAACUAGAAGCCGGGGUGGUUGUUCUUGAUGAAGAUGGAAAACCAGAAGACAGAGUUGAAGUGGCUUUGAAAUGCCUUCCACAGUAUGAUCCUGCUAGCUGCUGGAAUGGGAAUUCAAUUCAAUCUUUUCGGUACUGGAAGAUACGUGAUUAUGCUUAUGCUUAUCGUUCCAAGCUUGCAACCCCAUCACUGGUCGUGGAGCAUAUAAUUUCAGUUAUAGAUGAAUUCAGUAAUAAGAAACCGCCACAACCUCUGUUGAUUACUUUCAACCCUGAAGAUGUCAGGAGCCAAGCUGCAGCUUCGACAAAGAGGUUUGAGGAAGGGAAUCCCUUAUCUAUCUUAGACGGUAUUUUUGUGGCAAUCAAGGAUGAUAUAGACUGCUGUCCCCAUCCAUCUAAGGGUGGAACAACAUGGAUGCAUGAGGUUCGCACUGUCAAGAAGGAUGCAGUUUGUGUUUCAAGAUUACGUAGUUGUGGCGUGAUUUUCAUUGGGAAGGCAAAUAUGCAUGAGUUGGGCAUGGGUACAACCGGAAAUAAUUCGAACUAUGGAACAACAAGAAAUCCCCAUGCACCAGAAAGGUAUACUGGUGGAUCUUCCUCGGGCCCUGCGGCACUUGUAGCUUCUGGACUGUGCUCUGCAGCGCUUGGAACUGAUGGUGGAGGUUCAGUCCGUAUUCCUUCUUCUCUGUGUGGUGUAGUGGGCUUGAAGACAACAUAUGGACGGACAGAUAUGGGAGGAUCAUUAUGUGAUGAUGGGACUCUGGAAAUUAUUGGACCAAUUGCUUCUACAGUGGAGGAUGUCAUGUUAGUGUACUCGGCAAUUUUGGGCACCUCUCUUGCAGAUAGACUUAGUUUGAAACCGUCCCCACCUUCUGUGCCAAAUUUGUCAUUGUAUGACAGUUUGAAUACUCUGGGAUCCUUGCGACUGGGGAAGUAUACAGCGUGGUUUAAUGACGUACAUUCGACUGAUAUAUCUGAUACGUGUGAGGAUGUUCUUAGUCUUCUAUCGAAGACCCAUGGUUGUGAAAUGGUGGAGAUUGUUGUACCUGAGCUCCAUGAAAUGCGUACUGCUCAUCUCGUUUCAAUUGGAGCUGAGUUUCUCAAUGCACUGAAUGCAUAUUGUGAGGAUGGAUAUGGUGCAAAAUUGUCAUAUGACUCACGCACUAGUGUGGCUCUUUUCCGAUCAUUUUCUGCGUCAGAUUAUAUUGCUGCCCAAUGUCUUAGGAGAAGGAUUAUGUACCAUCAUAUGGAGAUCUUCAAGAAGGUUGAUGUCAUAGUGACCCCCACAACAGGCAUGACAGCACCUAUAAUUCCACCAGCUGCUCUUAAAGAUGGGGAGACGGAUAUGUGGGUCACAGGUUAUCUCAUGCGGUUUGUCAUUGCGGGAAAUCUUCUUGGACUUCCUGCUAUUUCUGUACCAGUUGGCUACGACAAGCAAGGACUUCCAAUCGGUUUGCAACUGAUUGGCCGCCCAUGGGGUGAAUCUUCAAUUUUGCGUUUGGCUUCUGCAAUAGAGGAACUCUGUGCCAAGUCUAAGAAGAGGCCUGUACAAUAUUUUGAUGUUCUGCAGUCUUAACUGAACAGCUGCUCCUGCUGGCUGAAUUCACGUUUGGAAGACUAAAAAUUAUCAAUAUCCUAUAAUAAUCGCUCCACAACCUUUUCGUUCAACAUGAUACGUUGCUAAACGUUAUUUAGUUUUAGUUUCUGUUGGUCCGCCGUUGCAGUGUCUAAUAACGCAACCAUCGCCUGCGUCGGAUGCAUCUACAAUCUCUCACUCAAGUUGUCUUACCAAAUGCCUCUGCUCUUUUGUAUGUCAUUUGUCAUGACCUAUGAGCAUGCUUGGAAGUUUUAUUACCGAGGAUGGAGAAUUACAAGCUGAUUGGUGGAUGAUUGGCGUUUAAACAAAAUUGAUCCUGUAUUUCCUUGAA